ACCUUGCCUUCCGUCGGUUUGUAAGCUCUAUUUGAUUUUCUUAUUUAAAUAUUGACUUUCCUUACCCCAAAAAAAAAAAAAAAAGCGACAAAUACUAUUAGAAUCCCGCAGACAACGAGCUGGCAAACAAAAAUAAUUAAUUAGCCACCGACCGGUGAUGUGGUAAUUCAGAUGAGACUACAAGCCAAUGGCCAUUGCCACAACUAGGACAGGUAACAUCUAACGUGUAAACCUUGAUCAAACAUGUCAAUUACACUUCCCCAAAAGCCACAAACCUUAAGGCGGGCAAAACACAAACGUUGACUGCUGCUACUCCUGCCACAUUGCUCUUCGCUCACCAAAAUCCAAACAAUCCGUCGAAAUGAAUUUGCCAAUGUUUCAGGGCUUCGGCAAGUCUCUUAUGAUGACAGUUCUUUCUGAGGUUGGUGACAGAACCUUCUGUGUCGCUGCUAUACUGGCAAUGCGUCAUCCGUGGAGUAGCGUUCUGUGCGGUUGCCUUUCUUCUGUAAUUUUGACGACUACUCUCUCUGCUGUUAUUGGCUGGGCUGCUCCAAACUUGAUUCCACGUGAACUGGCUCACCAUAUCACCACACUUCUCUUCUUUGGCUUUGGCCUCUGGUCUUUGUGGGAGGCAUAUAAUGAAGAUGACGACGACAACGAAGAGUUAGAACAAGUUGAAAAAGAACUGAAUCAGGACGCUGCACCUAAGGAUACUACUGGUAAAGGACCUAAAGGCAAAGAAGGGAGCAAGGUGGCUGAGGACUUGAAAAAGCAGAGGAAGCCAUUUCUGACAAAUUUCUUCUCACCUGUCUUCAUUGAGGCCUUCUCAGUUACCUUUUUUGGUGAAUGGGGUGACAAGAGCCAACUAGCAACCAUUGGUCUUGCAGCAGAUGAGAAUGCCAUAGGAGUGAUCCUUGGUGGAAUCUUAGCGCAAGUACUGUGCACCGUUGCAGCUGUUGCUGGGGGAAAGAGCUUAGCAUCUAAAAUCUCUGAGAGGCUGGUUACGAUGGCAAGUGGAGUUCUUUUUCUGAUUUUUGGUGUGCAAUCCUUUCUGUCGACUAUGUAUUGAUCUACUCCAAUCAUAUGUAUUCUUCAACGCAAAAUUGACAAUAGAACAAGCAGUCAACAUGGAAAUUGUAGCUCCGACGCAGACAUGACAUUAAGGAAUUUGGGAUUCAUAACGUAUUGGGAUUUUGUAGCUCCACAUCAUUCUCAGAAUCAUGCCAAAGCAAAUUAAUCGCAAAAUUUAUGUACAUUCGAGGCCAGUGAUUCUUGCCUCAGACUUCAAUUAGAAA